AUGACUCGUGUCGUCUGGCGACCGUGGCUCUCGGAAGCCUCGGGUCCCCGGACAACCGCAAAGUGUACGAUUGUACACUAUGACCCAUUUGCGAGUCGCCUGGAAUGGGAGAUUCCUGGCGACGUUGGAAGGGGACAGUUGAGCCAAGGGCCUUAG